AUGGUACGUUUAUUACGUUAUGGAACUAUAUUUGGUCCAUUGAAAGAUCGUUGGCGAUAUUUAUAUAAAAGUGAUUUAUAUAAAAGAAGAAUUGAAGCUGGUCCAGAACCAGAACGUUUUCGAUCAUCAUUAAUUAAUUGGAAUUAUGAUGCAGAAUUAUAUGCAUGUACACAUCGAUUUGGUGAAAAGAUGAAUAUUGAAUCAUUACGAAAUGCUAUGACUGAUGUUUCAUUUUUAAAUCAGAUUAUUAAACAACGUACUGAAGCUGGUCUUGCCGCAACUGAUCAAACAACAUUAUCAUUUACUCAUAAUGAAGAAUUAGCUAAACGAGGAAAACAAAUAGCUGAAAAUUUUUUACGACGUGCUCUUCAAUAUUGGUAUCCAAAAUUUCCACGAGAAGGCAUUGAUGCUGUAACGAAAUUUCUCAUUUCGGAAUCAACAAUUGCUUAUAUUAGUUCAAAACUUGGUUUUAAAACACUUAUUCGAUGUGAUGUUCCAUCACCUCGUCCAACAAUGCUUCAAAAUGCAUUAUUUGCUUUUAUUGGUGCUAUUGAUGAGAAUAAUAAUCAAUCAAGAGCUGAACUUUUUGUGGCUGAUUUUAUUUUAACACAUCUUGUAGGAAAAGAUAUGAAUGAAAUAUGGCAUGUUAAAAAUCCUAUGGGUCUAUUAACAACAGUUUUAGAAGAGAAUGGUCGACAAGCACCUGAAUCUCGAUUGAUAUGGGCAACAGGUGUUUCAAGUGUACUUUCAACGUAUGUUGUUGGUGUAUAUUCCAAUAAAGAAUUUCUAGGAAAAAGUGCCGGUGCAACAAUCUCACUAGCUGAAGAAAUGGCAGCUCGUGAUGCAUUGCGUCGUUUCGCACAUUCUUCGGAAGGACCUGAACCAGCUUAUCAUCAUGUUAUAUCCGGUUAUAAAAUAUAUAAACAUGAAAAUGAACCAUUUCGAUUAAAAUAUAAUAAUAAAUCAUUAAAUGAAUUUCAACUUGCUUAUGAAACAUGGGGUAAAUUAAAUGCCAAAAAAAAUAAUGCUGUUCUUAUUUUUACGGGUCUCAGUGCUAGUUCACAUGCAAAAAGUCAUGAUGAAAAUCCAAGAGCUGGUUGGUGGGAAAAAUUUGUUGGACCUAAUUUAGGUAUUGAUACUAAUCAUUUUUUUGUUAUUUGCUGUAAUCAUCUUGGUGGCUGUUAUGGUUCGACUGGACCUUCAUCAAAAAAUCCUAAAACAAAUAAACCAUAUGGUGCUUCUUUUCCUAUGUUAUCUGUUGAAGAUUUUGUUCGUGCACAAUUUCAUUUAAUCAGACAUUUAGGAAUUGAAAAACUUCAUGCAAGUAUUGGUUCUUCAUUAGGUGGAAUGUGUUCAAUUCUUUCAGGUCUUUUAUAUCCCGAUAAUGUUGGCAGAGUAGCAAGUAUUUCAUCUUGUAUUGCUCCAUAUCCAACUGCUAUUGCUCUACGAUAUCUUCAACGAAAAAUGAUAAUGACUGAUCCAAAUUGGGAACAUGGCCAUUAUUAUGAUAAAGGUGUCUACCCACUUGAUGGAAUGCGUAUUGCUAGAGAAAUUGGAACACUUACAUAUCGUUCAGGACCUGAAUGGCUUGAACGUUUUGGUUUACGUCGUUUUAAUGAUACUAUUCAAUUAACACCAACAUUUGAAAUUGAAAGUUAUCUACAAUAUCAAGGUUUAACAUUUGCAAAAAAAUAUGAUCCUAAUUCAUUAUUAUACAUUUCAAAGGCAAUGGAUUUAUUUAAUUUAACUGAAGGAUAUGAAACACCAAGUGAUGCCCUCUCAAAAAUUCGAUGUCCUGUACUGGUCUUAGGUUCCCAAACUGAUAUUCUUUUUCCAAUAUGGCAACAGAAACAAUUAGCUGAAGAACUUAUAAAAUCAGGAAAUCCAAGUAUAACAUUUUUUGAAUUAAAUAGUAUUUUUGGACACGACACGUUCUUAUUAGAUGUUAAUGGUGUUAGUACUGCUCUUAAAGGUUUCCUGGAAAUAUCAGCUUUAUCAAUUGAAGAGGAAACACAAACGUAG